CCAGUGAGUGUGUAUAUAUAUGUGGGUGUGCUGCUUACACAGCCUCCCAGACAGCAGCAGCAGGUUGAUUCACACAAAGACAGUGAACGCUUCCUGGUGCAGAGCUCUUUUGGAGAACUUUUAGCAUUUCUCUCCUACAACACAGUCUACUACAAAGAGGAAAGAUGACUAUAUCAGCUAGCCGUCUCCUGAUUGGCCUGAUGUGUCAGGUAACCUGCACGUGGGCCUUCGCUCGCCUGCCCGAGGAUGCAGAACUGCGUUCUGCCUUUUCAGUGGCACGCACCAGCAGCAUGGAGGGUGGACCAAAGAUGGUGGUGACCUUUGACAAGGAGUAUGUUAACAUCGGUGGGGACUUUGAUCCAAAGGCAGGCAUGUUCCGCUGCCGCAUCCCGGGAGCAUACUACUUCUCCUUCACAGUGGGGAAGUUCCCCAGUCGUGACCUGUCAGUCAUGCUAAUGAAGAACAGGAAUGAGGUGCAGGCAAUUGUGUAUGAUGAGAAUGCGGGAGAGGAGCGUAAAGUGCAGAGCCAAAGCGCCAUGCUGCAGCUGGACUUUGGUGACACAGUCUGGCUCCGCCUUCACGGUGAUCCCCGCUAUGCCAUCUACAGCAACACAGGUCACUACACCACCUUUAACGGCUACCUAAUCUACCCUGACACCUACACCUUCCAAGACCCCAAGCACGAGGACCCAACUCCCAUGUAUGGAAACGAGGCGAAUGCCAAUGACCACACCCUAACAGACCARGAURGGCURGGAGAAAGGGACAACGUAGAGAAGAGAGAGGAKGUAGAGGAURAAGAGGAGGACCAGAGGUCAGCYUUCUCYGUUGGCCGCACUCAGAGCAUCGUAGGGGUGGACCAGGGCUUCMCAGAGCACCGUCCUAUCGCCUUUGACACAGACUUUGUCAACAUUGGCGCUGACUUUAACGUCACCGAAGGUGUAUUCACCUGCCGUAUUCCAGGAGCCUACUUCUUCUCCUUCAAUGCUGGCAAGCUUCCCCACAAAACCCUGUCAAUCAAGCUGAUGAAGAACCACCUGGAGGUGCAGGCCAUGAUCUACGAUGACAGUGAUACUGAGAAGGCUCUGCAGAGCCAAAGUCUGAUGCUGUCUCUGCGCCGUGGUGAUAUCGUCUGGCUUUAUAGCCACCAACGCAAUGGCUUUGGAGCAUACAGCAACCAUGCCAAGUAUAUAACCUUCACUGGCUUCCUGGUCUAUCCAGAAAUACAAAAACCAGCCACCAAUCAGCAGUAACAGCAGAGCCGGAAGGGACAGUGUCAAGAACACAGUUGGCUGUGGACCUACUACACUCAAUUAUUCUAUGUCCAGCUAAUUCUUUCAAUGGGUGUACUUUGUCAAACUCCAACUUGCAGUCUUGCAUUAAUGAAGAUGUUACUAUGUGCUAGCAUUUCUGAUAUUUUCAGGAUAUGAUGUCUCAGUUAAUACUUAUUUGGAUUUUUAACAUACCUUUAUCAAUGUCUUGAAAGGCAUGGUCAAAUAAUGGGGACACUUGUUUUGUGUCAAAAUGAGUAUUUUUCCUUCAUUUCAGAGUGAGUUUCUGCUAAGGCCAGUGUCUGAUCACAAUGAAAUAAAAUGGCAUUUUGAACCUAAAAGCAUGACCAACAUUUAGAAUAAAUGUCCUCUUACAGUGCAGGGCUGUCCAUUGGAUAAAUAGACACCAUACUCAUCCUGGUUGUAGCUUGAAGUCUGAGCACAUUCUCACAGAGCACAUGCUAGUUUUGGACCCCGGGGCACCAGGCUCAUAAUUUGAUUUCUAACUUAGAGUUUAAUUUAUUUCCUCAGAUGGUGACCGCUGUGGAGAAAAUUGAAUUGCCUAUAUCAUCCCUUAUGAUAAUCGUGCCGGUUUAAUUCACACACCCCCAAGAGAGAAAAAUGCUGUUAAGAUUGUGCCAGACUUCAGCAAAUUACAGUCUCAGUUUGAGAUUUUAAACAUAUAAAAAUAGCAUAUAGUCCAAUUGUAAUGUUAAUUUUACACUCCAGCAAAUACUGUAUUUUGAUUCUCCACAUGUCACACCCUGAUCUGUUUCACCUGUUUUGUGCAUGUCUCCACCCCCCACCAGGUGUCUCCCAUUUGUCCCCAUUAUCCCCUGUGUAUUUAUACAAGUGUUUUCUGUUUGUCUGUUGCCAGUUAGUCUUGUCAGCGUGUUUUCCCUGUUUGAGUCGCUGUUUUCUAGUCUUCCCAGUUUUGACUGCUCUGACCCUGCCUGCCGUUCUGUACCUCCUUGACUCUCCACUGGAUUACUGACCUCUACCUGCCCCCUUGUAUAAUAAAUACGAGAACUGUACUAUCCGCCUCCUGUGUCUGCAUCUGGGUCACAUCCUGAGUUGUGUGGGCCUAUUGGGUUAUGUACACCAUCUCUGGGUAGUGUUCCUUCUCAGUUUGAAUUAGCAUCUUAUCAAAAGGAAUAAACACAAAAUGUGACACUUGCUGAAUAAUGAGACUAUUUCAGUAAUAGUUAGUCUCCCAAUUAAUGGUAAUCUACUAUGCGAACAGCAGGUUGAUGUUUGUCAUGAAUCUUGCCCUGGAGGCAGAACUGAGCCAUUUCCGCUAGCUGCAGUCAAAAUGUUAUUUAUAGGCUUUAGGGUUAGCAGUGUAGUUAAGGUUAUGUUUAAAAUCAGAUUUGUAUGACUUUGUGGCUGUGCCAGCUAGUGACUACUCAGCAGAGCUGCCUCCAGAACAAGAUUCUUGAAGAAUAAUGCUUACCUGCCUGUGAUUGCAGUGUCAGGCAUAUACUCACUCCUGUGGUGCUGCUGCCCUUACACAACCUACUUUUGGAGCACAUCCUUCGUCACACUCUUGACUCCCUAAUGCCCAAGUGUCACUAAUUGUGGCAACUUUUGUACCCUGAGGCUGGAAUGACUUUUUCGAUACAGCAAAUUUAUUAAAUAUGAAACAGAUGUAUAAUUUUUCAAUUUGUAUGGGAAAAUUGUAGUUUAGCAUUUGCUUUGUAGUUCUAAUUUUAAUCAUUAUGUGCAUGGGAAAUAGUCCUCAUGUUGAGUGGACCAAAUUUGUAGAACAGCUUUAAUUAUAUUUAAAAACCACUAGCAUGACAACUUUUGAGAGAUUAACGAACCCACAAAAAGUAUUAUUUCUUAGAGCUCAGUGAGAUCAAUUUCCAGAGAGAUAACCGGCAUUAUGAUAUUGGGAAUUGAGUCUUGGAGAAUAUUUUGACUAAUAAUUUCAUGCAUGCUGUCAUGGAGAAUAAUCGUCUAACAGCUUUGAAGAUCUUUGUAAUGAGACCGUAUUUCUAUCCAUAACUUUUUGUUGUUGUAAAUAACACAUUGGUGACCUGUGCUUAUAUCUUUGUCCUUACAAAGGAAUGAUUGUAAACUGCAUAAAAUUUUGCCCUGGGUACAUUCAACCCAUGUGUUAGUAGUCUGCUUCUUGUUGGCUCCUUGAGAUGUUAAAAAUAUUUCUUAUACAAUGGAUGCUUUGGAACAUGUGAAGCAGAAUAAAUAAAGUUAAUGCUUA